AUGCAUGCUAAGCUCGUGCUGACCAACCAGAAAGCAGGCCAGCCCCCUUUCUUCAUCCAUGUGCCUCUCAACUAUCUCAUUCACUCACCUAAGUUGUUCGUUCCCUCUGGCGCUUGCCCUUGGAUAUUCAAUGCCUUCUCUGAGGUCAUGGACACCAAUGCCAUCAUUGAUAUCAUCCACGUGGUGCAAGGUCAGCUUUGGGUUGACCAGAUGAACGAGACCCAUCGAACGGGCCGUCUCUGUCAGUGGGUGUCAACUUUCCAUCCCGAUAAACUUCCCUGUCAACUUGAUGGCACCUUUCAUCAUGGUGCUUUUAAUGCCGGCGUGAAGAUGGUCUUCCGUGACCGCACUGCCUGGAUGGUUCGUUUCCCUCGAGUAGGGAUGGUCUCUGACGAAUAUGCCGACGAGAAGGUGGCCAUGGAGGUCACGGCUCUGGAUCUUAUCCGCCAUCGAACUGCUAUUCCUGUCCCGAGAGUCCGGGCAUGGGGUCCCGCUGCCAGCAACCCUCUUGGUCUCGGCCCGUUUAUCAUGAUGGACUUCAUUGAAGGUGUGAGCCUUAGCGAUCUUCUCCGAGAUCCCAACGCCGAGUGCCCCAGCAGAGUCAUGAGGGAGGAUAUCAGCGAUAAUGAUGUGGAAUUUAUCUAUAGACAGUUGGCGAACUUUUGGCUCCAGCUCUUCAAGCUCGAUUUUGACCAUAUCGGCAGCCUGCCAUCGCCACAGGCCGAAGCCCGUAACCCUACACUGCCACGGCCGCUAACAUUCAAGGCACAUAGUAUUCUACAGAAUGGAGGAGUUAAUACCUUUGGUGAUCGAACCCAGGGAUUUGCGACGACGACCGAGUAUUUUCAGUAUGUCGUCGGCCAGGACUUGGAACAGCUUGUUCAUCAGCCAAACUCGAUCGUCGGUGAAUACGACGCUAAGAAUAAAUAUUUAGCAUUUCAGGUCCUCAAGACCCUGAUACCUGACUUGAUCAACGCGAAGUAUGAUCGUUGCAAGUUUAAGCUGAUUUGCGACGAUCUUGGCUUGACGAAUCUAAUUGUUCGUGGCAGGGAAGACCUUACGGUUAUUGGAGUAGUGGACCUCGAGUGGUCUUACAUUGGACCUGCCCAGCUGUUUGGCUCGGCACCGUGGUGGCUUCUUCAAGACAGGCCCGUCAACAGCACGUGGGAUUGCGAAGGCGACGAGCCGCCCAAGAUUGCCACCCGGUACUUUAAAUACCUAGAUCUUUUCAUACGCGUCCUGGAGGAGGAAGAAGAAGAAGCAGGAAUGUCAGAGCACAAAGAGACAGAGCUUUCCAAUCUCGUCAAGUGGUCGCAAGCCUCCGGAGCCAUGUGGCUGCAUAUGCUUCUCUCAUCUGGUUUCAAUGACCAUCGCAGUUUUCCUUUUACGCAACUGCGCCGACAUGUGGGGACUACCGAGUGGGCAAGGCGUGAGAAGGACUUUGACCACGCAAAAGAGCUUGAUGCAUUUGCGGAGGGGAAGGUGAAUGAGUUGCUUAAGUAUGAUGAAGCCUUGGAGAAGAUAGAGGAGAACAAAACGCUCGUGGAUAGCGGGAAUAUGACAAAGCAGGAAUUCUGUGCCAAGGCUCUAUCAGAGCCAGGCUGUAUUCUCAAUACUCCAUUAGUGACGCACGAUGAAACGAGAAAUGGCUAG